CUGAGGAAGCUCGCAGGUGAGGGCAACUCCCAUCCAUCCUUAGGUGGAGACCCCUUGGGUGACGUCUGCAAACCAGCGCCUGCGCCGGCUCCCCAGGGGCAUGGGAAAUGUAUGCAAGACCCGUCUCUCACCAGCUUGUCCCCACCGGCUCCUCCUGGCCUCCACCCUGUCACCAUGCCCACUUCUGCGAAGAUAGGCAGAAGACAGGAUUCAGGAGCUCUGGAAGGUUCUCUGGGAAGGGGUGCUUAAGGUCCAAAUGAGAGCCAGACCCAAGCCAGGAUCGAGGGCAAGAGCUGGAGAGGAUCCCAGCAGAUUUACCCAGAGGCUCAGGAAGGACCUCAGUGAAGCUUCUGGAGGAAGACAAGCAGGAGGCAGAAGGCGACUUCAGGAGGCCCUGGAAGAACCAAUCAGUAAGUUCCGCAUCCGGGGACCCAGAGAAGAAGCAUUCGGAGAAUAAGCUGCAAGUCCAUCUGGGCAGGAAGGUGGGGGAGAUCAAGGAGUGCUGGAUCCCCACGCCUGUGCAUCGCUCCCAGUUCAUGGCCAAAUGUGCUUUUCCCAAGUCUGACACCCACCAGGACCCUGGGAAGCUGGCAUCCAGGAGAGGUGGGAAAGUCCACGUGAACACCUCCCAGGAGCUUUCCUUCCUCCAUCCCUGCACCCAGCAGAUGCUGGAAGCACAUCUUUUAAGGUUUCGUGUGAGGCACAGGUGGGGUCCAGACUUCCGGUCCCUGAAGCCCAUAAACGUCCGGUCACGUGAGGCUCAGCCCCUGCCCCUCCCACACUCCACCUUUCCCCGCUUGGCCUCCUGUGAAUCUCAGGUUGAAUCUGUAGCUGAGAUUGCCACUUUCUUGGGUAAACCUCCCCAGAAUGGUCUAGGAGACAGCUGGACAACAAGCAAGUCAGUCCCCACCAUGAGUGGCCCUCUCCCUCCCCCAUCACCUGAGCAGGAGGAAGUCCAGAGGGCCCCGAGAGGGUCCCAGUCAGCUGACAUCCAUGGGUGAUCAGAGGUGUCUCCGACUGGACAGGAAGACAGGGAGUCUCAGCCCCUCACGUGCAGCCCUGGGGGCAGAACCUGGCACAGGGAGAUGGUCCCAGGAUCCAGGGAAACCAUCCUAGAGGCGAGUCUGAGUCCAGCAAUGACUGGGAAUGAGCUGUGGCCUGAGAGCGAGACCUCAUCCCUGGGAGACCCCUGUAGUAGCAGAGUCGUCCUGCAGGAGCUCAAGGUAGGCUCCCUGUGGGCAAGUGCCGAGGACACCCUGGAGCCCCUGGAGGUGGGGGAGAAGAAGCCUCCUGCUUGGGAAGUCACCCUGGAAACCAGCAUGAAGGCAAAUUCGGGAAGCAUUCAGGUGGAUCUGAGAUCAGGGGCUCUGGGGACCACUAGUAACCCCUCAGUGUCCACAGUCUGUGUUGCUGAGAAUCCAGGACAGCUGUGCCUGAGAGUGCAGGUGGUCAGUGAGAUAGAGCUCAUAGUGCAGGUGGAUCCAGAGGAGCAGCUGCCAGGCCGUGCCUCUGGCAUCCUCCUCCAGGACGGCGCCACAAGCCUGUGCCUUCCUGGCCGCCACAUGGACGUGCUCUCUGCCGCAGACAUGCCACCUGCUCAGACCCCUCUGCCCACCUCCCAGUGUGUGUCCAGUAAGAACACGACAGCUUCCCAGGGGCCAUGUUACCUCCUAUGGAAGGGCGGGAAAGGCCUGGGGCAGCAGGAGCCUGGGAGCCCAAAAGCGAAGUCCCCGCAGAAGAGCCAGAAGGCGCUGGGCUCUGCAGACAAGGGCGAGGCCCAUAGGAGGCCCAGAUCAGGGGAGCCGGGACACAGGACCAAGAGACCCAGGACCUCAGAAGCCAGUGGGAGGAGCCACCCUGCCCACGCCAGGGAAAUAGGAGACAAACAAGAAGGGAUAUACGUCCACCCUCAGCCGGAGAAGGGACAGGCACCACCACAAAGCAACUUCCGGAGACAGAUCAGCCACCCUCUACAGGGUCUACCCCCCAGGAAAAGAGGUGCAGGGCAGGAAGAUGUUCUGCAGAAAGGCAGGCCUGGGUCAGACCGUGUCCAGAGCCUCGAGUCUGGCCCAGCAAGGUUGUUCGUGGACAGCAUGGCUGAUGAGGCCCGGGCUAUCAUCAGAGUUGUGGGACAAAUCCUGGUGGGCAAACUGGGGCUUCAGCAGGGACAUGGUCCCUCAAAGGUCAAUUACCACAAAGGCGACCUCCAUUCCCAGGAGAAUCUGUGUUCCUGCUGCCACAGAGGUUACGGCCACCAAGAACAUAGCAGAGAGCUGUGUGUUCUGACCUGCAGCCCCAAAGCCACCCCCAAGGGCCAUGACUGUCCUGUCAAAAGCAGGAGCAGCAGAGACAGUAAUUGGACCCCACAUUCCAAGGAGCCUGUGUCCCCAGCUGGUCACCACCACCACACGCCACGGGUGGCAAUCACCUCAGGCAGCCCCAUCCACAGCCGCAGAAACUGAGGUUCUGCUGAACCAGACCAGGCUUCUCACACCUCUCCUGGUGGAGACAGUGGGUUCUACUCAAAUUAAACUGGACACCUAUAGAACAAACCUGUCCCGCGUGGGUGAUUACAGCCCCCACGUGUUCAUGACUUUCGCGGAGAGGUUCCCAACACACCUGCUUUCCCUGCACAGGUGGUGGCUUCUGUCUAGGGUACAGGAAAGGGCUCAGCAUCCACUCCUUCUGAGAAUGAGUUCCAGAAGGGCUGGGCCUGGAGGAGGCUGACAGGGACAUGAGGGACCCCCUCUUCUCCCUGUCCCCACAGUGUGUCUGUUUUCCAAACUGGAUCAUGACCCAGAGCCUUUGAAGGACAGCAAACCCUAUAGAGACCCCGCCUGGGCUCCAGCUGACUGCAUCCCCCAUUCUCACUAAGGUGACUUCUGAGCUGCUGUAGGGGCUGGGUCUGUAGAGGCCUCACGGACUGAGGGGGUGGUGGGCUCCCUCAGGCUGGAGAAGUGAUGGGCAGCAGCCUCCCUGACCCGUGGUAGCCUGGGAAUGUGGGGGUGUCCUGUAUUGGUCCUGGGUCAGAGGCGGGACAGUUCCUUCCCCGAUCUCCUGGUGGGGAAGAGAUGACAUCUUCCCUAGGCCCUUCCCUUCCUGCUCAUUCCGGGAUGGACUGGGGCCCCACCAGCACGUGGCUCAGCCUUGAUAACACCCCUGUGUUCGC